AUGAGGCAAUCACAUGCCGCACAGUGUAAUCACAAAAAAGAAGCCGAAUGUAAAAACACGAUAAUUAUGUGGAUAUUUCAAUGCGUGAUCAACAAACAUGCCUGCUUAACGUGUAGGCACUGUAUUGAAGAUCUUUGUACAUUUUGUGGUGUAGCGGGACGGGACGGGAUAGGACGGGAAGGGGCGGAUAAAGCAAUUGCAACAGUUUCAAGAGAAGUGCCUUUAAGCUUUCGUUUAUUACCUGGUCGGUUAAUGGUCAAGGCGCAUGAAAAUGAAUUAUGA